AUGCAACAAUUAACAGUAUUCAUGGAUAUUGAAAGUUCACGUUCGUAUAUCGACGAGCUGUACUCAUCAGAUACGCCAAAGGUUGUGGAAGCCUUAGUGACGUUAAAGAAUUCAGUAAUAGGCAGCAACCGACAGAAGAGUUCAGUGAUACAGCAAGGAGUAGUGCCGCGUCUUCUUCAGUUAAUGUCUGAUGAAACAUUGGACCCUAACAUAAGACUUGAAGCUACUAUCACAAUUGGUUCCCUCGCCAAAGGUACAGAAGAAAAUGUAAGAUCUUUAGUAGAACAAGGCACAGCGACAGCACUAGUGGACCUCUUAAGGAAUGCCCCUGUUGGUACAAAGUUGGCAGAAGCUGGACUAUGUGCCCUAAGGAGUGUGUUCCUGCAUCCACCGGCACCAAUAUCGGCUUUACCUGCAGAUAUGAGGCUAUUGAGCAGACUUACGCAAAUAGCGCGGGAGGGAUCACCAACGGCUAGAGCGUGUGUGGUGAGGAUCCUCUCGAUCUGGUGCACGGGCGCAGGAGAGCAGGAGGCGCUUUGUGCUGCGGGAGCUUGUGAAGCUGCUGCAGCAUUGCUCGCCGCCACUCCACCUGCCGCGCCAGCCCUUCCAGCUCUCGACCUUCUAGCUGCUAUGUGCUUUGAAAAUACUAGUGUCUCGCAGAUAGCUUUGAAUACUAGGCACGGUGACAAGACGAUACCAGAGCUGCUGUCUACGUUGGUGUGUCGCGACAAGCCGCUGCCGGUGGCGAUGGGGGCGGCGCGGUGUCUUACAUUCAUGCAUCGCGCUAAUGCCAUACCUGCUGACGACACUCGAGUGGUGUUUGGUGCUCUCCCUUGCCUCGCCCGACUGUGUACGAAGGACAUGCCGGAGGACAUCAGGGCGUCGGCCGCCGAGACCUUAGCUUACUUAGCAGAGGUAGACACAUCCCUUCAACGGUUGGCGGCUAUAUCCAACCACCUGAUGACGUCACUAGCAGAGAUAGUGAACUGUCCGUCUCCGGCCGCCAAGCAAGGUGCUUUCAAAUGCUUCGCGUCCCUCGGUGCCAACGAUGAAGACAUUAGGAAGAGGAUCAUUGAAACUCACGGUCUGAUGGUCCAUGUUGUCAAUGGAAUGAACAAUCCUGAGGCUUCGGUACGGUUAGCAGCAGUAAGGUGCUUACACUCACUUUCAAGAUCUGUGCAACAACUACGAACAACAUUUCAGGAUCAUGCCGUAUGGAAACCUCUAAUGCAACUGUUAGGGGACUCGCCUGGAACUGAACUCCUUACUGUAGGCUCAUCAACACUUUGCAAUUUACUUCUGGAAUUUUCACCAGCUAAAGAACCAAUGUUGGAUCAAGGUGCAGUAGAAAUGUUGUGUAAUUUGACGAAAAUGCCCGAAGCAGCUCUGCGACUGAAUGGAAUUUGGGCGCUUAUGAAUAUGGCUUUUCAGGCCGAACAAAAAGUAAAACAACGCAUCCUAAGUUGCCUGGGCACGGAGCAGAUGUUCCGUCUGCUGGGCGACAGCGACACGCGCGUCAUUAUGAAGACGCUCGGACUACUGCGGAACUUGCUCUCCACCAGGCAUCACAUCGACGCCAUCAUGAGCGAGUACUCCUCGCAAGUUAUGCAGGCUGUAAUAGUAGUGCUAGAAGGAUCCUACCCUGCCGAGGUGAAGGAGCAAGCGCUUUGCAUCCUUGGCAACAUCGGAGAUGGAGAGAAAGCCAAGGAUCUCAUCAUGGCCAACGAGGAUGUACUUAGAAAACUGGUGGACUAUUUGGUCCAGGCCUCGAAACUGUCGUGGGGACAAUCCUCCACCGAGUACGUGACGAGAGCGAUUCAGUGGGCCGUGCAAGUGACGACGGAAGGCGCACCCGGAGAGCAAGCUGCAGGAGGCGGCGCUGUUCGUGGCGGGCAACCUGGUGUGGCGCGGCGAGGCGGGCGCGGCCGCUCGCCAGGCGCGCCUCGCAGACCUCGGCGUGCUGCGCGCGCUCAAACUACUGCGCGCAAGGCACGACGCCGCUCAUCUGCACGACAAAGUGAAGACGGCCCUGGCGCAGUUUAA